GUCUAUUACGGGACCACGAAGCUUGAGUUUUCACUUUCUGUCUUUCUAACCCCCUCCCCUUUGCCUAGGGCCACGAGGUUUUACUUCCGGUGGCUGGUGCCCCGGGGUUAGCGACGCGGCUGGUUCCCAGCGCCAGGAUUGUUCCGAGGCUGCUUACCCGCCUGUGAGGCUGGGGGACCGGGGCGCGCGCCGCCGCGGGGCCCGGGUUUGUGAGGAGAAGAUCGGGAGACGCGGCAGGACGAAGGGCCAGGAGGAGAAAGGGACGGGCUGGAAAAGCAUGGGAAGGACACUGAGCGGUGAGCUCGACUCCUCAGGAAAGGCGGCCGCGCCGGGGACAGGGAAAAAUCAAGUUUGUGUCUGAGAAUUAUACAGGUAACUACCUUAGGCAAUCUUCUGGCUAUGUUUGUCAUGUGGCUGCAGAUACCUACACAUUUUCUUACAAAAGAAGUCAUUUUUGUGCCUUCGAACUAAGUCAGAAUUACCUCUAUGAAUGUUUAGGCAACACUGUUAUUAAAUGACCCAGACGGACCCUUCCUUAUAUAAUUGUAGCUUUUCAGUACUGGGAACCAAAAAGAUGGCAACACCCACUUAUAAAAGCUUACUUGAACUCACUCACAAUGCUCUCAUCUCUCCAUGGAAAGGACAAUUAAUUAUUCAGGGUUGUUUGCAGUGUGAUAUAACUCUUCGGUCUACUUAUGGCACAGUAAUCCCAGUACAACUGCCACGGGAAUUAGAUUUUAAGUAUGUAAUGAAAGUGUCUUCUCUGAAAGAAAGCCUACCAGAAGCUGCCUUUAGAAGACAGAAUUAUUUGGAGCAGAAAGUCUGUUGCCAGGAUUUAUGCUUUGAUUUAUAUGAAGUGGAGCUGUCAAACAAACAAGGGGAAAACAUAGAUAAACUAACCGAAUACAUUAAAAAUAAGCAAUUGGCCAUCAUCAAAUGCUUAGAAGAUAGGGGAUUUUUCAUUUUACUUACUUCAUCAGCCUUAACGCCAGAACCAGAUUUUGGAGAUGAGCAGAUGGGUCUACAUGGUUUACAUUUAUUCUAUUCACCUCAGUCAACAGGAGCAAAGGACUUGAAAGUUGAAGAUGGCAUCUCUCUGAAAGUGAUACCUAUUUUACCUGCCCUUAGUUGUGCACUUCUAGAAGCAAAGAAAUCACUUCCUGAAAAAGGAAUACCUCCAAACAUUUUAGUAAAGCAUACUUUCCAAGACCUGUAUAAGGUGGACAAAAGCCUUUCUUUGACGACUCUGAACCAUGAAAUGAAAGACACUGCAUUCAUUGGGAAACUGUCCCAUGCUUUUGACUUGGCUCCCCCACUUGAAAAGUGCCCUCCAGAGUCUCUGACUCAGAUGAAGAGUUAUUUUUCAGAUCCUAGUGGCUACACUCUGGAUCUGUCUACUACUUUAGACAUAUUAGCAGAGCAUCCUCAGUGUCCUUGUGUUUCAGAUGGGAUUUGUGAUGCUGGAUUUUCUUUAGUUAUGACUCCAGAUCCUGAAUUUCUUGACUCAGAGAUGGAACUAAGAAAAGAAACUGAAACAACAAAGUCUGGGAAAACAUUGAGAACAAAGAAGAGAGCUGUGGCUCUAUUGACUCCAGUUUCAAAUCUGAGAGUUCAGCCAAAGAGAAAGGCCAGCACAUCAGCCAUUAUGCUGCCAAAUAAACGGGGGAGCCUGGGCCGCUCACUUUCCAAAAGAACUGCACCCAAAGCAGACAGCGGAUCAUGCAACCCAACGCUUAAGUUAGUUAAAGGGCAGUUUCCUCAGAAGAGAAAAAGAGGUGCAGAAGUGCUGACUGCACAGUUUGUACAGAAAACCAGACUGGACAGAAGAAAAAGAGACACUUCCGUAUCUAAAGAUGCUCCGGUGGCCACAAAUGCUAAAAGGGCAAAGAAACAAGAGAAAUCUCCAGGUAGAGUUGUUUCACGGCCUAAGCCACCUUUGAAAAAGUCUCCACAAAAACGGAAGGUAAAUGUAACAAGAGGCCGUAGGAAUCCCAGAACCAGAAAGCAGCUCCAACUUGCCGAAAAAGACGUUUCUUUACAUCUUCAAUCAGAAAUUUCAUCAUAUGUUCAAAAAGAUGGAACUAACCUAAGUACAGCUCAACAAGAAAGUAUUGCAGCGAUUUCUAAAGGUUUUCCUGAAAACUCAAUUAUCAACUGUGACUCCCAGGCCUUAAAUAUGUUAGCUGACCUGGCAUUAAGCUCCGCUGCUUCUUCCAUACCAUCUUGUGAGCUUAGGAAUGUUCCCUGCUUCUCUGAAUUGCCACAAAACAAUGUUUUACUCUCUAAAGAAAAUUCAUUGCACAGCACCUCUGACCAUGAAUAUCAUAGGGGAGUUAAAAGUCAAAAAGGUAUACUAUUACCUAAGCCAUCCUCUGAUGAGAAGAUUGAUUCAAAGUUAGACGUCACUUUUAGCCAAGAAGAAAACAUUGUACCUUGUGCUCAGCCUCUUGCUAUUUCCCAGCCAGCACUCCUUGAGGAAGCCCGAGAAUCCUCAGAUGCAAGCCAAAACUCUGUUGCUGUUGAACAUUCCUAUGCCUUGCUCCUUGCUGAGCAAUCCAAGAAACAUCUGCAUCAGAGAAAGUUACCAAGCCCAGCUUUUGCAAAGAAUGGGACAAAAGGCCCCGAAGCUGGAACGCCUAUAGGAAAAGUCAUGCCAUUUCGGCAUCUACAGAAUACCUCCCCUCUACAAAAGCUUUCUGAAGAUUCUUUGACUAAGCGCAAAAGUCUCUUUGUAUCUUCUAGUGUCAAAGAUAUUUUUUGCUCUCAUACUGUUCUUAGUUGUGAUGGCUCCUUUAAGAUCACUUUCAAAUGUGAAGGAGAAUAUACAUUCAGCUUAGAUAGCAAAUAUACCAGCAACCCAUUGGAAAAAACUGUUGUGAGAGCAUUACAUGGACCCUGGAACACUGAUUUGCCUGAAAAUAUGGAAGAUGUGAAGCUUUUACUUCAUAUGUGGGUAGCUCUGUUCUACAGCAAAAAGAACAAAAUCAUGGGGUCACCUCGAAAGGUGGUAGAACACAGAAACCCAGCAAAAUACGUAUGCAUAAAUAGGUCUGUAGACUCUUUUGACCAAAGUGAAAUUGAGGAGUUUUCCAGUGUGGAAAGAUAUUCUGUAGACCCUCUGUUGGAGACUAAGGAAGCGUGUGAAGGACAUGGCACCAAUAGGACCUUUCCUGGACCUAACUGCGUGCUUCCUUUUAUUAGUCCACCAACCACCAGAGACUUGGAACUCUGUGUACAGAAUGAACAGAAAGAAAUGUUUACAGGGGAGUGUCACCUGGAUACUUCAGGAGGCCAGAAUUUCACCUCUUCUUGUAAUAAUGAGGUAACCGGAGGUAAAGCCAAACAAGAAUUACCAGAUAUGUCUGAGACUUUUAAUAUGGGACUUUCUGGUGUUGCAAGUGCUCAAAGUAAUGGAUCUUGUAUUCCUAGUGAAGAUAAAACCUUCCAGAGCACAGAGAUAGGUUCUUGUAAUGACUCUGUCACACAAGCCACCUUGACCACAGUUUGUGAUGGAGCCAGAAUCGAGCCAAUGAUGUGUCAGAAGUCUGUGGUUGGCACCCUUGAGAACAAAGUUGAUACUUUCCAUCCAUCACUGCUGAUAAAAACAGGUGCUGUACGGGAUGUUAUCCAGCAUAGCAGCCCCAUCAGUAACAACUGUACACCCUCUGUGGAAAGGACAGAUGAUAAUGUAGAAUAUAUGAUGAUUAAUCUGGAUCCUGUUACUCUUGCUUUUGAAAAACCUGCCUAUAUACCAAUACAUAAAGAAGUAAAUACAGCUGACAAACCUACAGACUUUAAUACUGAGCUGGUUAAACAAGUAUCCCCUGCCUUGAGUAUUCAGCAUCCUCUGUCUACACUGGAAAAGGCACAAACACAAUGCCCUAGGGACAUUCCUUCUCUUGCUAUUUCAGAAUGUAAAGAGAGUAAGUGUCUUUCUACCUCCUCCCUAAAAAAGGAAACACCUCCUGAAAGCCUGUGUCCAUUACAGAAAGAGAUUCCUCCUCCAACGUCAUCAGCAGAUGAAGGAUUGGUAACAGAGGCACUGUCAUUUGUUAAAAGUUCUAGUUAUUCAUUAGCCAGUGAUAAAACAAAAUGCCCACAAGAUUCCUUUCUACAGACUCAGAAUGGCUUUCACAUGUCUUUAGAUGAGAUUCUAGAGCCAUCACAAGUUAAAGUGUCAUCAUCAACCUCUGCUACCCUGGGAAACAAGCAGUCCCUUAACUGUAUUCCAACAAUAAGUAAUAUAACAGAUGGCUCCUCAGAAGUAAGGAAUAAUGACAAGAGUAGUCUAAACCAAGAAAAGGGUUUGCAAACAUUUAAUUCACUAAUUCCCAAACAAACCAAUCUGUCUAUGAAUAGGGAAGAGGUUAGCAUGGAGUUGUUAGGGAAAGAUUCUGAUAUUGACCUAACUCUAACAGUAUCACCACAUACAAUUCCCAGGGAGGAAAUAGCAUCAGAUGAAAUUGAACAAUUGCAUAGGGCCCCGAUAUCAAAUUUAGGACUGAGUAGAACUGAAGAAAUGGUUGAACCAGAAGCACAAGUGAGCCACAUAAAAAACAAAGAAGUAAGUUCAGCUAGCCUUAUGUCAGUGUUUUCUGUGGAAUCCAGAGAACCAUUAAAAGAGACACAAAGCAGUGAUCUGAAACCAGGUACAUUAAUACUUUCUAAAGAAAAUUGUGCCCCUAAGGUUGCAGAGGAAAUUAAUGUUCCCUCAGGCUUUCCCUUUGGUCCUCUAAUAGAAGAAGUGUCUCCAGCUUCUAGUCCUGAUCCCAUAGUACAAACUGAAGAAACACAACCAUCUCCAUGUUGUCUAAAACUUCAUGGUACACAGUCUGAGAAAAAUAAGUUUUCCCAGAUUAAGUCAGGAGAUUUAACCAUACCAGAAAAGGGAAAUUCUUUUGUUGGUCCUAAGACUUCAAUGGGACAAGAUAAGUUACCUCAUGUACAAGUGCAGCUCUCGGCUGAAAUGCCACAGAUACUAAAUAAUGCAGGAAGAGAAGGCAGAGUAACUCUGCCUGGUGAGAUAACAGAGUUCAGUGUUCCAGAUGAGCACAAUGAGGAUUUGUCUUUCUCAGAAAAGGUGCAGUGCUAUGAUACAGAGUUAAACAAGCCUACCUCGCCCCCCAAAUAUGGAGAUAACUUCAAGCCUCUUGAAAAACUGGUAAAAUCAGGAAACCCAUUGCAGGCAGUUUGUAUGGAAAACAGAAAUCUAGACAUAAAACCUUUUGCCUUGGAGUCCAGUGUUGUUGAAAAUAAGUCUUUGGCAGAUACAUUGGUUUCUGUAACCACUGUAAGUGCAAUAGUGAACAUGUCAAUAAAACAGACUAGCUCUAAAAAGAAUAAAAAUGUCUGUGACAGUGAUUUGAAAACAGAGGGUGAUAUGCAGGCUGGGUCAGUGAACUCUGCCUCCAUUGACAAAACUGAUGUUGUACAGGCAAACAUGCACCCAGAGAUCUCUAACUUUGUUUCUUCCUCUGACCAUGCUCAGUGCACCUAUUAUACAAAACCAACAAGUGUAGAGCCAGGGUUUCAAACACAGGAAAUACAAACACCUAGAAUGGCCCACUUACUUCAAAAUAAUGGAACUGAACUAAAUGAAGAAAGGAUGGAUCUCAGUGCUAUUGACCUUCACUCUAACUUCACAUUGACAAAAGGUGAGCAAAAAACAACUCGUGUGCUGCAGGACACAUCAAAAUGGGAAGAAAAAAAGCCCUUGAAUGAUGGCAUUUCCUCCCAAAAUGUUCAUUCUUACCAAAAUACAGCAGACAUCAGUGAAAGUAUCAAUGAAGAGCCUUCUGCUUCCUUUGUCCCAGAAUCUGUUGACUCUGCUUGUGGUAUCUACAAAGAACAUAUUGUCAGUGAAAACCCUAAUAUGGGACAUAAAACCAAGGCAGAUUCUGAAACACUGAGCAGGAAUACAGAGAUAAGUGUAAAUGACUCCACGUGCUAUGGGCCACUUUCUGAAGACACCAAUCAGGAUUCUCUCGAUUGUAGAAACUGCAAAUUAGACGUGGAGAAUUUGUGUACUUUGAGAGGUAGUCAUGCAAACCAAAAAGAUGCUAUAAAAGAUAGCAAUGACUCUUUCACAGGCUUAAACAUCAGUGAUAACACUUGGGAAUACUCUAGGAAAAUUUCAGACCUGGAAACACACACUCCACACAGAAACUGGGACACAGAACCGUGUCCUAUCUCAACAAAUAAGUGUAUGCCACGCUAUGUCCAGAUCCCAGAUUCCCACGGUAUCCCCAGGACUUACACUAACUUUACUAUAACAAAAGAGUCCAGAGACACCACAAGAACAUUGCAUAGCCUGAAGAGGCAUUGGAAUUUCACUGCACACUGCAGCCUUCUUAGUUCCUGGACUAGCACUUGGCAUGUUGCAGAUGACCUCACUCAGAAUACUUUAGACCUGGAGUACUUGCGUUUUGAUCAUAAGCUAAAACAAAUAAUAAAGAAGCUGGAUUCUCAGCAGUCUUCCCCUAACACCAACAGUUUCUCUAAGGAGUCACUUACCCGAAUUUCAGUUGGAACAUGCGCUUCAACACAAACUUCUGAUGCCUCCCUUCUACAUCAUGCACCUAAGAACAGAAGCCCCAUUCUGGUGACAGUUGUACACUCAGACACAAGGCAGCAGAGCCAUCGCCGAAGAGGCCACUCCCCCAGCAAUCUGGACAGUUCUUCCUGUUUUUGGAAGGAGAAAUGUAGUCAAAGUAGAAAUCUUAAAAGUUCUGACUGUUCCAGUCAGACUGUUCCAGUCCACCUCAAUAAACUGAAAUACAACAGUACUUUGAAAGAAGGUAGAAAUGAUAUUUCACUUAUUCUAAAUGAAUAUGCUGAGUUUAAUAAGAUUAUGAUGAACAGCAACCAAAUUGUUUCCCAAGAUAAAGAGUUAAACAUAGCUUCUGCAGAAUCUGUGUCCCAGGAGACAUGUCAACCAAGACGGUCAGUAUCCUACAAAGAUGUGAUCACAGACUUGUGUGCCACUCUGCAUAUCAAACUAAAAGGAGUUAUGAGGGAGGCUUGUAAGAGUCCUUUCUGGUUCUACCUUGUUGAAACAGAAGAUAAGUCAUUCUUUUUAAGAACAAAGAGCAUUCUAAAAAAAGGAGGCCAUUCAGAAAUUGAACUUCUGGAUUUCUGUCAAGCUUUUCACGGAGAGAGUGAAACACUAUUAGUGAUCAUCAAAAAUGAAGACAUAAUAUCACAUUUGCAUCAAAUUCCUUCUCUGCUGAAACUAAAGCAUUUCCCCAGUGUCAUCUUUGCUGGGGUGGACAGCCCUGAAGACAUUCUGAAUGACACUUACCAAGAACUCUUUCGCUCAGGCGGCUUUGUGGUAUCAGAUGAUGACAUACUUGAAAAUUUAACAUUAGUUCAACUGAAGGAAAUUGUCACAGUCCUGGAAAAACUAAAUGAAAAUGGAAGAUGGAAGUGGCUGCUUCACUACAGAGAAAAUAAAAAACUCAAGGAAGAUGUCAGGGUAGAUUCAAUUGCACAUAAAAAGAACUUAAUUCUGAAAUCAUAUCAGAGUGUAAAUAUCAUUGAAUUGCUUCAUUAUCACAAAUGUGACUCUCCAUCACCAACAAAAGCUGAAAAUUUGAAAUGCUUGCUAAACCUACAAGUUCAACAUAUCAAUGCCAGGUUUGCUGUCUUCCUAACAGACAAGCCAACUGUGUCCACAGAAGUCUUUGAAAAUAAUGGAAUCCUUGUUACAGAUGUAAACUACUUCACUGCAAAUAUACAAAAGAUAGCAGCUCCAUUUAGGAGUAGCUAUUGGUAAGAACUUUUUGUAAAACUUCCGUGUAAGCUGGAAUUACCAGCAGCAGACACUACCACUGAGGGAAAGAAAGCUGUUCAAAAACUGUUCUUUAGAUUUAAAUGGAGUACACUGUAAAGUUUUCGGUUAUAUUUCUUGGUUAUUUUUGCCUUAACAAUUUUGUGUUUCUAUAGGUAAUUAAACUACAUUUUGGAGACUAGACAUGGUGUAUUUUCCUGUGUCUGGAAAACUUCAGAUAUACACAAUCAAUCCUCAUCUAAAAAAAUCAAAUCCAUGUUUCAUUUUUCAUACCUUGCUAGAAUGUCAUAUUUCAUCAUGGACCAUAGUUGCCAUUAGUUCUGGGUUCCAAUGUUAAAUAUUGUAUUUUCCUUCUAAACAUAAUGCCCUCAAAACUAUUAAGCUUACUAUUAAAAUUGAGACCUUCACACGUUUAUGGGAAGUAAAGUCUAUUUUAACAAGUAGCUGUUUCUGUGUGUGGUCAGAGGCUUAUGAAGUGCAUGUUUCGGGGAUUUUACCAUAUUGUAAAAAAGUAUAAUCCAUAAUUGUUUUGUUUGUUGCUUCAUAAGAAACACUACAAAGAAACAUUUUUCUGUAAAUGACAAAUUUAUACACUUUUCCACUUCAGGGUUUUUUUUUUUAUGCUGCACUACAAAAAUCAAUCUGGGGAAGAAAUUAUUUAUAAUAAUUAGAACUUUCUUAAGUCUUUAAAAUACACAAAAAAAAACAUUUGUAUACUAUCUAUCUAUUUGGAACAAAGGCUUUUAUACCUAGUUUGGGGUUGGGUUUUUGUUUUGUUUUUUAAUAAAGACAAUUAAAAUGCA